UCGAGCCUCGUUUCUCUGGUCCUGGGGCUCGAGCCCAGCGUUGCCAGAUGAGCGAGAGCCAUUGCACCUCGAAUGGAAAACUUGGAAUGAACCAUUGCUGCAUGAUGUAUAAAAUGAACGUCAUACUUGAUCUGUCUCCUCGAUUUAUUUAUUUUAACGAGCAUUUGAACAUAAUUUAUUGUUAUGCAAGGAUUUAACGUACCAAAAAGAUGAGUGGAUGCUACUGUUAUCACAGCAUAACUCAGCAAUUGAACGGCCACCAUACUUUCAGCAUGCGAAGAUUCCCUGCACGUGUGGUCUGAUGCCCCUCUCUUGCUUCCUGAAUUUUGGAUUACCGAGACUACACAAGGAUGGAGGGUCGAGAUUUUGCGGCCCCCGCACACCUUCUAUCAGAGCGGAGUGCACUAGUACAUCGUGCCGCGACUCGGAUCUCCUCUGCAGGCCACAGCUCUGUCCAACACGCCAGUCAUUUUCCAGCAGGAAAAUACUACCCCUCUCACAUACAGAUGCCCUCACAUUCAGGCAGUGGACUGGUGGGAAACUCGUCCUCCUCCUUCAUGGGCUCCUUCCUGGCCAGUGGCUUGGGCUCGGCCCCGUCUCACCCUCCCCAUCCCUCCAGGCCUCCAUCCUCCCCCUCCUCCCACUCCAGCACCUCGCAGAUCUGGUUCCCCCACUCACAUGAAGCGGCUACAGGGUAUCCUCGUUUCUCAGGGACACUCACCCACACCUUCCUUCCCAUGGGCCCUUUGGAUCACCAUGCCAACAGUGGCGUCCUCUAUGGCCAACACCGUUUCUAUGACACCCAAAAAGAGAAUUUCUACUUGAGAGGGCUACCCUCUCAACCUCUCCUAUCGGCCAAUCAUAGCAUGCCACCAAUCUCCAGGGUGGGGCAAGGGGGAGGUUCUAGUGCAAAAACCCCUGAGCGAGGCAUGUCCGUGUCUAGCCGGCAAAAGGAGCCAAUGAGCAGCAAGCAGGAAGCCAAGCAGAGACAGCAGCACCAAUCCCAUCAGCUCCAGCAGACGCAGACUCCGCAGAGCGGCCCAGGCCAACACCAACACCCCCAGCAACCCACCCACCCGCAGGCCCAGCGGCUGCACCAGCACACCCCGCAGCCCCCGCAUCAGCACCCGCACCACGGCCACCACCACCACCACCACCACCACCACCACCACCAGCACCCCGCCACACACCCCGCACUCAGCAUGGAGGACGGCAGCAUGCACCCGGGAGCCCCGCACCCUCAGGCAGUGGCCACGCCGCUCAGUGCCUGCCUGCUCAACAGCAAAUCUCCCAGCAGCCACUGCGGCGGUGGAGGCAGCGGAGGUGGCAGCGGAGGUGGCAGCGGAGGUGGCGGCAGCGGUGGUGGAGGCGGCGGCGGCUCCAAGAGCUCCAGCUGUGGCGAGGGCGUCGGGGGCCCGUUCCCGGACCGUGUGCGGGGCGAGAUGCGGAUCAGCGAGCAGCCGAGCGUGGCAGACUGCGUCCAGCGCAAGCAGGGACUGCAGCACUCGCUGCCGUACGCCGCCCUUCCGCCGCACACACUGCCCCCUGCUGGCAGCGCCGGGCACCCGCGGGGCUUCCAUUGCUUGCAGUUCCACCCGCACCACCCUCACGCGCACGGACACUACAACCCCCCUCACCCGGAGCUCCUCUACCCCCACCCGCCCGCACCCUUACCCAAUCCCCCCAUGCCCCACAGGACUGGCCCUGCACUGGUUGAGCAGAAGGCCGCCGUGCCAACAUUCGGGCCAACUGUCAGGCAGCCCGGUGAAAAGGCCAAUGGGUCUUUUCAACUGGGCAGCCCGGAGUGCCAUGUUAUUGGCAGUGGGGGUGGCAGUGCCAAAGAGAAGGCUUUGCAGAAGAGUGGUGGCAGCGAUGGGCAUGCUCAGGCGUGGCACAGAAAGCAGAUGUCCUACAGGAAGGCAGAGAAAGGCCCCGACUGGGCUCUCAGCCAUCAACAGCUCCAACAGCAACAACAACAACAACAGCAACAACAACAACAACAGCAACAGCAACAGCAACAGCAGCAACAACAGCAACAACAGCAACAGCAGCAACAGCAGCAGCAACAGCAGCAGCAGCAGCAGGCGGCUCAGCUUCAGAGCAGGACCCCACAGGCGUCCCCCGCACGCUCCCGCAGCGUAGAUCCAGACCCCUCCAGAGCCCCUCCACCUCAGCAGCCCAAAGCCAGCCACCAGCAGCAGCAGCAGCAGCAGCAGCAGCUCUACGUCACCGCUCAGGCCUACAGGGACUGCUCGCACCCGGGGCCCCCUCCAAACCACUCGCCCCUGACGGCUAAACCUCUGGAUGGACGCAGCGGUGGCGGGAGCGGCAGCUGUUCCAUGCAGAGGGACGGGCAGAAGGUCGCCCGAAUCCGGCACCAGCAGCACGGCCGAACAGGCUCUGGCACACCUGGUCUGGAACCAGCGCCGACCAAUGGAGGUCACGACCCCAAGAGAAAGAUAGACCUGACCCACAAUCCGGCCCACAGCCUCAAUCCCAGCACCAACCAGAACCAAACUCACCACAACCACAACCCUAACCACAGCCACAACACCAACCAUAACCCCAAUCAUAGUCACAAUACCAACCAUAACCAUAACACUAGCCAUAACCCAAACCCAAACCUGCAGUACAGCUACUCUCGGCAAGGGCAUCCGCCUCCAGAGGUGCAGCCAUGGCCCACUACUCCCCAGCGGCCAGACACCCAGCGGCAGCAGCAGCAGUCGGCGGUCUACAUGAGUUCCAUCAGUGCUAAUGGAGCCAGACAGCACCCUGCCAUGGCCCCCCCUGUUCCUGUUCCAGUCCCUCUAGCCCCUGGGCCCGGUCCCCCAGCCAUUCCUCCUGCCCCAGCCCUGGCACACAGGCCUCCCCAAGGCCCCCCCCAAGGGACUCCCCAAGGCCCCCCCCAAGGGCCCCCCCAAGGGCCUCCAGCGACAGAUACAGGGGCCAUGAAGAACCUACUGAAGUACACCACCCAGCAGCAGCAGCAGCAGCCUCUCUCCCAGAAGACUCCGUUCGGAGGAUUGGGGAGCCUGAAGACCAGCUGCUCCCUGCAGGGCACCAAGCCUGUGUUGCCGCCCCGGAGGUCGUCGUCCAGCGACGGUCAGCGGGCCGACUGCGGCGGGCGAGGCCGCGAACUGAGCGAGACUGUGCACGGCGAGGGGGAGGUGCGGCAGCCGCCCGUGGGGAUCGCUGUUGCCGUGGCGAGGCAGCGGGAGCCUCCCUGCCGUAUGACGGACAGCCAGAGCAGGGGGAGAGGGCAGCCUGCCGUGAAGGAGUCUCCAUCCGAGGAGGACAGGGGGAGAAUGAGGGACCAUAUGGCUCUUCACAGAGACACGUUUAUCAGGGAUAAUAAGGACAGGCUGGAAUUCGCUCGGAUUCAUCCCUCCAACAGUUGCCAUGGAGACUUCAGCUCUCACCUCAUGGGGUCAGGCGGGUCCGCUCUGCAGGAGCAAACUGCACACGCACACUCCGCUCACCACCAUUGGAUGGCGCAGACAGGAAGCCCCUCCCUCUGGAUGUCUGGCCACUCUUAUAGUCUGAGUCACUCUGCGCUGCACCAGAGCCUCCCUCCUGGCUUCCCGGCAUCUGUGCCGCCCCCCCUGCAGCCUGUUCUCCCGCUGCCCCAGGACCCCCCGGCCCUGGUCAUGCUGCCCCCUGACAACAGCACACACACCGCCUCACACCUCGAUGUGAUGGACUCCUCGGCUCUCUGGCCUCCGGUGUUCCGGCCUCAGGGUCCAGCCCACAUGCAGCAUCCCGCUGUGUUCUCCCGCCAACAGUUACUACGGCAACAAGAGCUGUAUGCACUCCAGCAGCAGCAACAACACCAGAGCCAGCAGCCACAUAGAAACAACAAUCACGCACAGGUCCAGCGGAAGCCAGAAGAGGGUGCUGUGGAGCUGCAGGACAUCCUGUCCGAGCCACGGAGUCCCGCGGGGGGUCAGCACUUCUACAACCAGUCCAGCAUGGCGGCCCCCACCACGCACCUCUCCCCCUGCUGCCAGUCGCCCUGUCUUCGGCCGCACCCUCAGAGCACGCCGUCCACCCCCUGUCCCGCCAUCAGCCCGUCUCCCUCGCUGCCCCCCAAAUCGGCAGAGCCACAGGGUCAACCUCCGCACGACUACCCACAAUCCCUAGAGCCGGACCUGCCCCCAGGUUAUACAUAUCCUGCCAUGAACAUCGCCUAUAGGGGAGACCCCUCCCCUCAGGACGUGCCAUUGGCUGAGCCUGCUGAUUUGAAUGCCGUUCAAGCCGAACCUACAGAGCAUGACCCGCCCACUCUCUCUGGUCUGGGGGAGGAGUUUGAGUGUCAGACAGUGAGACCCCUCCCACAACAGGAAGUAGUGAAGGCGGUGGAGGAGAGGGCGGCCCAAGAGGAAGAGGUGGAGGAGGAGGAGGAGAAGCAGUUAAGUGGGUCGGGUGGUGUGGGCGUGGCUGUGGCUGUGGGGAGCAUGGUGAUUGGCUGCUGCGCUCCUUUGGAGCUUGACCCAGCCACCCGUCCGGUCAGUCCUGCUGCAGAGGCGUCUCCCAGCAGCGACCCAGCCUGCGAACCCGCUGUCACCUUCGACCCGAUGGUGACCUCUGACCCUUCAGUGGCCACUUCCACUCCAGUCAUCUGUGACUCCGCCGAGAUCUCUGAACCCCUGGCGACGUCCGACCCCUCGGAUGCCUGUGAACUCCCGAUCCCACCACACCCGUCAGCCACCGGCGAGCCCACAGUCCACCCGGACUCCAUCGCCGUCGUCGUGGAGCCGGAGGACACAACAACGUCAGACACAACAGCCAACUGUGACCCUGCCACGACCUCUGAACCCCUGACGAACUGCGAGGAUGAAGGCAGCUGUGAGGCCCUGGAGCCGAAGGGAGAGGAUGAGCCUUUGGAGGACACCCAGGAUGCAGCGUGUGUCAACGGCAAGGAGGAGGCGCGCAGUGAUUCGCUGAGCUGUUGGAGUCUGGAGCUACUGAUCGCUGCGGCCUUCUGUGGGGAUGCGCCGCCCCCAUCCCCCGCACCCCUCACCCCCUCCAGCCCACCGCACCACGGCAUGGAGCUGCUCAGCGAGCUGGCAGAGCUGCAGCUACACAGCUACAGCACCGCCAACAGCCAGGAGGGGGAUGGCUUGACCUUUGACCUGCGGAGUCUGGCGACGCUGGCAGUGGCCCGUGCCCUGGAGCUGGGUUCGGUAGAGAAGCUGAGGGAUGCUGGGAAGCCCUGCCUCGCCCGGCGAGCCAUCAACCUGCGCAGGAAGUGCAGCUGGACCCCUCGCCACGAACAGGCUGGUCCAGUGAAGGCGGGCAUGGAGGCGGGCGAUGGAGAAGAGCUGGCAAUGCGGGUGAGACUGGCAGAGCUGCAGCGGCGCUACAGAGAGAAACAGAGAGAGCUGGCCAAACUACAGAGGAAGCACGAGAACCAGAAAGAGGAGCCUCCCCGCAGUCCUGUCCGACGGGGACCAGGUCGGCCCCGUAAGCGUAAGCUGGCCCCAAGCCUCAGUCCCGCUGCCUCCACAGACACCCAGAGAAGAGGAAAAUCGAUGCCAUCAGGCUUCUGUCUGUCUGGAGGGCCUCAGAAGAAGAGGACCAAGCCCAGCAGCCAGGACUUUGGGCUUCUCAGCUCCACAGAGAGCUCGUCUGUGGGUCGUGAGAAACGAGGAUCUGACCAGCAGGUGUGUGUGCUGAGGCAGAAACGAGGCAGAAGGCCAAGAGAAGGAGCAGCCAUGGAAAGACACACUAACACCACCAACGAGUCAGAGGGGCAGAGUGACACAGACAGCUGGCAGGGCGGAGUCGCUAAUAAAGGCCGCAGCAGGAGGAAGAGUCCUGCUUCAUCAUCAUCAUCCUCACGACCACAGCUAUCUAGACCCGGGCGCCCACGGCGCAUCAGGCAGGAAGUGAUGUCACCUUCCGACAGCCAAUCAUCCGGGCAGGAGGAUGAAGAGGUGGACAGCUAUGACAGUGAUGAUGGACAGGACCUCAGAGCUCCGCCUUUGAGUGAAGCUCCGUCAGCCUUAACGGUGACAGGUGCCACGCCCUCCUCGGUGGUGAAGCUGGAGGCCAAUCAGAAGGCCCGGAAGAAGAGAGAGAGACAGGAGCUCUAUGGGUGUGUGGGCGUAUUUGCCGCAGACGAGGAGGUGAAGGUGAGGAGGAGUGCCCCCUGUGGGAAACGAGCGGUCACUGCAGUCAAGAGGAGAGUGGGGAGGCCACGGCGCGAACCCACCGACUUCCUGACCUCCUCCAGCAGCAGCGAGAGGCUCAAGAGGGCCACACGGAGGAGCACUGUACUCAGGAGGAGUAGCUGGUCUGCACUCUGUGACGUGUCUCUGAGGAGCCAAAGAAGCAGAGAGAGACAGGCUCGAUCAGUGAGUCAGCUUCUGAGGAACCUGGCCGCAGAUGAAGACUGCACACUAGAGGGCGAUAGCAGCUUCUCAGAGGAGGAGAGCAAAGUUACGCUACCUAACUGUGUCCUGACCAAAGACCUGCUGAUGGAUGGACUGAAUAUAUUGAUCUCUAAAGAGGACGAGCUUCUGUAUGCUGCAAGAGUCCACAACUACAAUCCACCAGACUGUUACAGUGUGUUCGUUGAUGGAGAGAGAGGCGGCCAUGCUAAGAUCUACUCACGGGAGAAACUACUCCAGGGGGCGGUUUUGGACGUGUCUCCAAAGACUGAGGCGAUGUUGAGAGAGGGGACAAGAGUGUGUGCUUACUGGAGCGAGCGCUCUCGAUGCCUCUACCCUGGCUAUGUUCGCAGAGGUGGUGCAUGGGCGGGGGCUGAUGGGAAGAUGGGUGGGGUCAUGGUGGAGUUUGACGAUGGAGACCGCGGGCGGAUCUCUCUGGGUCACAUACGCCUGCUGCCGCCUUCCUACCAGAUCCAAUAUGUGCAACCAGACCGCCACCUGCUGGAUGGUUGUGGAAUAGGCAGACAAACUUCAGCACCGUCUCUGCAGAGUGAGGCUGCUUUUGUUCAGAAACCAAAGCGAGGGAGACCCAAAGGGUCUGGGAAGAAGAAGCUGAUCAAUAGCACAGCACCGGUGCUGAGCUGGCCCCCCGUCUGUACCAGGAGAUCCAAGGAGAACCUGUUUCAGCUGGGACUCCCCAGGAGCUCGCGCCUCGCCCAGCCGCCCACCUCGGCCUCGGCCCCCGUCCACAGCCUCUUCAGCAGCCGCUCCUUCGAGGUGGACUCCUUCAGCAGCAUCGCCAAGAGCUACGGCUGCUCCUCCUCUUUCUGCUCCCCGGCUCCGGGCUCGGCCCCCGGGAGCCACAGGGACCCCAGAAGCAGCGGCGGCGGCGUCUCCUCUAGGAGGAGGCGCGUGGAGGUGGGCGAGGCGUCCAGGAGCGGCCGGAGGCCGGAGUUCAUGGUCAAGCUGGACCACGAGGGCGUGACGGAGGCCAAGACCAAGAGCGGUAAAGUCCUGCAGGCUCAGAGAGGCGGAGCAGGAGGAGGAGGAGGAGCAGGAGGAGGAAGAGGAGGGGGAGUGGUGGCAGUGAGUGUGUCCAGACCGGAGGCCUAUGCCCACCCCGUGCUGCUGGUGGAGGAGAACCGCAGGGACGGACGCUCGGGGCCCGAGCUGCUGCUGAAGGGGGCGCUGCCCCACAGGAAGUUGUCACCACCGUCGCCGCCACCGCCGGUUCUGCGGAGAGCCGAGUGCGGGCGGUCCUGGGGCGGCCGGAGUUGCGACCCCUACCCCAGCCUGGGCGAGGGGCAGAAGAGGACGAGCUCCCAGGCGACGACGACGACGGCAACUACAUCGCCAGCGUCAGGUCACUACCUGUCGCGCGUCUCUCGUCGCCUGUCGUCCUCCUCCUCCUCUUCCUCGGGCUCGUCUUCGUCUUCGGGCUCGUCCUCCAGCUCCAGCCUCUGCUCCUCGGACAACGACUCGUCCUGGAGCUCGGACGACGACGAGGGCUCGCCCCCGCUCAUGCUGCGCAGCUGUAUGCCUUCCCAGCAUGCUUUGCUCCGCCACCCCGCCCCUCCGACGGCGUUCUCCUCCGGGCGCUCCUUCGUGGCCAAGGCAGUGACCAUGUCCAGCAGCAGCAGCGGCAGCCCUGUAGCCAACAGGAAGAGGAAAGAGCUGCUGCUGUCACUGUCCAGCCCUCCUAGAGAGCUGGCCAAGAGGCCCAGGCUCCACGCAGAUGACUGUUACUCGUCCUGUCCACCCACCCAUCCGGGAAAACAGCCGUGGAAGUGGGUUGGAACCCCCACACAGAGGCGAGGUCUGAAGGGGAGGGCUCGUAAGCUGUUCUACAAGGCGGUGGCGCGCGGUAAGCAGACGGUGCGCGUGGGCGACUGCGCCGUGUUCGCGUCGGCCGGCCGGCCUCACCUGCCGCACGUGGGCCGCAUCCAGGGCCUCUGGGAGUCCUGGACCAGCAGCAUGGUGGUGAAGGUGCGCUGGUUCUACCACCCACAGGAGGCCGGCAGGGGCAAGAUGCACCGAGAAGCCAAGCAUGCGCUAUACCAGUCCAGUCAUGAAGAUGAGAACGAUGUCCAGACGAUCUCUCAUAAGUGCCAGGUGUUGAGUUGGGAGGAAUACGAGCGUGCGUGUUGCGGCAGGAAAUCGCGCGACGGCGGACAGGAAGUGUUCUACCUGGCAGGGACCUAUGACCCUGGGAGCGGUCAGAUGGUUACAGCACAGGGCCUCUCCAUUUUCUGCUAACACCUAACAGCAAAUGGUCCAUUCUAAAGCCACGGUCCAUUCUAAAGCCACGGUCCAUUCUAAAGCCACGGUCCACAUUUAUCCUUAUCCCUAUUCUCUGUACUUCCAUAAUAUGUUGGGACCAGACCACAGCCAUACACGCUCACAUGCGCGCACAGACACACACAGACACACACACACACACGCAUACACACACACACACACACACACACACACACAUCAUCAGACACACUUUCAACCAGGGUCUGUCGCAUCAUGCCACCCCACCCACAGCCAGCACUGCCCUGCUUUCAUGAAAGUGGUGUCGAUUUUCUGAUUGAGAAAACAAGGAAUGGGCUGAGUGAGUGAUUGAAAUUCAACAGUUUCCUGAUUGUGAGUGCAGCAAUUUUAAAGCACCUACAUUUACGAAAAUAGUAAAGUAGUCAGUUACAACUGUUUACUGUAUAAAUGUACAUAGAUAUGGAAUUUAUUCCAAUCAAGCCAUACAAGCCAGUACCUCUUAUCUGUUAUUUCUCCAGGUGUGUAUAUUCUACAGAGGAAGUAUGUGAUUUUAUUGUCCUCACAUAUAGAAAAGCUAUUUUAUAUAAAGUGUAAAGCGUAUGGAUUUAACCCUUAUUUUACACACCGCUUGGUUUACUAUUUUCUUAUGAAUGGAUGUAGAUGUGACUGGAAUUCUGCUUUGAGGUUGAAUAUUGCACUGCACUGGCCCAGAGAGGAGCGAGACAGAGAGGAAGGGGACAGCAUAGAGACAGAAGCACACCAGUGAGACUGUCUUAUUCUCCCUAUCAGCUGCUUUCUGACUGCAUUUUCAUUUGAUUUGCUUCCUGUUUAUUUAGAGCAGUUGUGAUUUGUUUUCAGUGUCAAAGGUCUUAUUUAAUAGAAUAGACAAGGCAGUGCUGCUGGUUGCCACAAAAAGAUGUCCACUUGAAUGACGGAAAACCCCUCUGUGUGCCACGACUUGGGUUUUAACACACGCGCACACACACACACACACACACACACACACACACACACACACACACACACACACAGAGCAUUUGGGAGAGAAGCACACGUUGUAGGUUACACACUGUAAGGGACAAUCAGGCUGGAAAAGAAGAAAAAAAACGAAGAGAAGAGAAGGAGGCUCUCUAAAACCUUGUUUCUUGUUGGGUUUGUGCCAAAAAAAGACAUUUUCGCCAUGACCUUUGUUGUUCCAUGUGCCAUUUUAACUGGAGUCUUAAUUUUGCUAAACUCUUAUUUAUUGCCUCAGCCAUUGCCUCAGUUUGUUUGUCAGCAGAAUUAGCACAAAAGCUAAUAGACAGAUGGCCAAAGCAUGAAGCAAGGAGGAAUUUUGAAAGAUUUUUCACUUCUUCUAGUUGUUCAUGUUUCUUCUCAGAUAGAAGAGCAGUUCAUGGUAGAUGAUAAGUCUUUCAAAGUCAACAGAGGGUCACUGUUGUGCCUUCACUUACAAUUGACAUUUCAAGUCAAAUUAGGUUGACUCACACAAUCAUGAUUCUGAAGUUAUCAAGUAAAGCACACUGAAAGAGAAGCUAAAAUUAUCAUCUUGAUUUUCCACCUUGCUUUGACAAUGUUCUGCUUGUUUGUACCAUAGAUUCAGUGCCAUUCAUUAAUCAUGCAAUCAGGCCACUCUGCAGAAGUCCUUUAAGCAGAAAGCUUGCCAAAGCAGAGCUCUUUUCUUCCAGACUGACUAUGAGCAUGGCAUGCCUAGCCAUAAUUAUGCCAGUCUUGGCCUGCUAUUUCAUCCACCCUGGAGGAUGCAAUUAAGAAUUGCAUCAACAUUAUAUUAUAGUUUCACCUUGCAUCGAGGACACUGCUGUCAUACAGAAAUCAAGUAAACUAACAAAAAAUCACUUUCCAACAUCACAUUAGAAAUCAUUUAACUGGUCUCUUAUUUCUGGUGGAACUGUGUAUCGUAUUCUGUUGUGCUUUAUGUUUUAUGUGUAUCUAAUGAUAUCUCUCAAUCAAACACUGUCUUCAUGCAUAUACAUUGAAUCACCUCUGUAUGGAAUAGGCUGAGUUGUGCUGUCUUUAUGGUCAAAAUGCCUGGGGCCUACAGCAGUGUUCCCAAUCAGAGGGUAUACUGAAGACAGUUGAUUAUUUUUGCUGCACACUGUUUUUGUCUUACAUGGAUUUUAUUGGAAUUUUUUAUAUACGUUUGAGGCUGUGAAACAUGUAAAUCAAUUUCAUAAAAAACACUGAAGUACAGAAUCAAGUUGCAUUUAAUAUCAAAGGAAUUCUGGUAAACAUGUCCUUUUCUUAGUUCCUUUUAGAGGCACUACUGUGGUCUUGAAAGGGUUUUGUCUAUGAUGAGAAAAAAACACAUACUGCUCCUUUGUAUUUGUUUUUAGAGAUAUUUCUGAAGCACUUUUAUGUGAGGGUUGACCAUAAUUUUAGAGGGUGAACAAAAGAUAUACAGGUUUUUACAGAGGAGAUCUACAGAAGGUUCUUUGACUUGCUCACAAAUGUGUAUGACUGUGUGUGUGUGUGUGUGUGUGUGUGUGUGUGUGUGUGUGUGUGUGUGUGUGAGAAAGAGAGAGAGCGAGAGAGUGAGAGAGAGUACUGACCUCAAGAGUCACUGGAAGUGAUGCCAUGAAUGUAGGAGUCAGAAAAUAUUGUUACAGAGACAAUUUUUAAAGAAAAUGUCUAAGUAUGAUUAUUAUUUUUGUUCUCAAAGCGUGAAUUCAUUUGUCCAAAUGAUGUUGAGGACUUGCCAGAGAGGAGCUCAUUCUGUGGGGAUCAGCAACUAAGAUGACUAGCAUGAUGGUCGAUGUGUCGCAAUGUCAUGUGUAAGACUUCUUCAGCCUGGCGUUGUGUUCUCCAAGGGAAACAGAUGAAGGAAUGCGCUUUUCCAUAAUCGUUUCUGGCUGGUCGUCUUUCUUUACUGUUAAAUACUGUUUGGUUAUGAAACAUGCACCACUUACUCAGCUAGUCAGAAUUAUGCUGUAUAUCUCAAUCUGUAAUAUAUAAGAGGUAUUUUAACAUUAAUAUUGUUCAUAAGAUUUAUAAUUAUUGAAUUUAUUUUCAUCUUAUUUAAUGGAUUUAAAAAGUGGAAAUUGCUUUGUACAUUUGUACAGUGACUUGUCUCUUUUGGAGUAAACAUUUUGCAUAAAUGCUUUAUGGAUAUCAAACUGUAAAUGUGGUUUAGUAUUAAGAUUUUUAAAAUUAUAAUAAAUAAAUAUCUCAUGUUGAUUUUU